UCUAAUGAGUCAAAAUUAUAACUGCAGCUUAUUAAAUGUGUAGCUUAAACAUUCCUAUUAGGCAAAAAUAGUUUUCUCUGUGUUGCCACAACAUUUAAUUCUUCUGAAACAAAAACAAAAUGGCUUGCUUGUUGUGUUUUCAUUGUAAUGAGAUGGAAUUUAAAGUUUAUUUCAUAAAAUAAAUAUGCAAUAAAUCUAUUAUUAUGAGAUAACAAUCAGUUAGUUAUUAUAUAAUUAAUGUACUUUCCAGUAACUAUAGUUAAAUGAAAUGCUUCAGUGUUAUGGAUGUUUCAUGUAAAUUUGUAGAAGCCUCGGGGUAAAUACAACGUUGAAGAAAUUGCACUAUUUACGGAUUUGCCGUUAUGACUUCAGCAGAAGAAUUUAACUGCAUUUUGUGCAAGGAAACGUUCGAUAAUAAGGACGAAUUACAAAUUCAUUUCAGGAAACAUGGUGAUCCUAAGUUUAAUGAAAGCAUCAAGACCAAAAGCCGUGUUCAGAAUGAGGCGCCGUUUGCGAAUGAAAAGUCGAACGACGCGUCAGAAAUGGUGAACUGCGAUGUGUGCGAUGAAGUGUUUCCAACAAUAUCUAAGGCCAUAACUCACAAGCAUAAACUCCACCCGGAGCACGAUGCGAAGUACUUCUGUCCUUGGUGCGGGAAGCUCUUCACGAUGAAGCACCUAUAUAAUAAACAUUUACAUACAAACCAUGACGCUACUGAGGAGGUACCCGGAAGCAAGGAUAGUCAUUUCCACUGUGAUAGCUGUAGUGUAUACUUUGUGGUUGCAUCUGCUAUGGUGUACCACAACAAAUUCUUUCAUAGACAAGACUCGGAUCUACCCAUUAUUGGACACUCCAAGAAACAGAAGAUGGUGAAUCAGGAUCUACUGCCAGUAUAUUACUGUUCAUUCUGCGGAGAAGAAUAUAUUAACAAAGUUAAUUUACAUAAACAUAUGUGUGACGACCAUGAGGACGAGAACCAACGUCCAACAGAUGUAUUACGGUGUCCCCUCUGUGAAGCCGUUUUCUAUCAUUUGGAUGCCUACGAGUUACAUCUCACCUUCCACUCUUCAGAAGAUUUGUACAGUGAAACAAAUGAAAUGAAUGAGAAUGAAAUAACAGAAUUCUCUCUUGAGACUGUCCCACCGGUUAUGGAAAGGAUUGAAGAUUUGAAUAGUUUACCUGAUGUUGAGACUGAUAUUAAUGCUGUUGGAAUCGAAAGUUUUCUCCAAAUGGCUAUGGACGAACCAAAGGACAGUAAUCAGGUGCCUGAAAAAAGAUCCAAAAAACAUAAAAAGCACAAAAAAUCGAAGAAAGCAGCUAUUACUCUAGAUGAGUUCUUAAGUAUGAACCAGGAUGUAUUUGGUGAAGAUUUAGAUUUCCAAGGUAUCGAGGAAGUACCUACAAAGGUUAUAACAAAACAACUUAAAGUAAAAAAACCGCAAAUUCCAAAAACAGGUCGAAAACAUGUAUCAUCUGCGGACUUGCAAAAAUUACAAAAACUAGGUAUUGCCGUUAAAGUUCCGUCUAGUAACAAACCACCAUUUUCAAAAGUUAAAUCAAUAGGUCAAGCUAUAAAAAUUAACCCGCAGGUUAAAAAUAUUGUGAAUCAGCCAAAAUCAAACGCUAUCAGUGCUUCAAAUGAUGUUUUAUCAAAAUUACUUAAUCAAAGCAGCAGUCAAUUGAAAAUAGUAAAGAAGUCUGCACAAGAGAAAGCGCCCGAUAGCGACACAGACCACACAAUAAAAACAAUAAAUCAACACCCUGCUGAUACUACGGAAGCCCCUGAAAACGUUGAAACUAAUAGCCCUGAAAAAGAAGAAAAAGGCGAUGACACCAAAUCAUAUAACACACAAAUAUGUAUUCCUAAAACAAACCCAACCAUUAAUCCGGAGAUCAAUGAUAAAGAUACUAUAGACGAUAGACAUGAUGAAACCGUGGAUAAAGAUUGUGCAAACGCAAAAUUUAAUGAAAGCAAUAAUGAUUGUACCAGACAAGUCAAAAAAACAAAUGCAAGCAAUAACGUUUUGGCUGACAAUAAUAUGAAUGACGCAAUUAAACAUAUUGGAAAACAAGUAACAAUCAAACCUAUCACCCAAUCAGCACCGUGUGAUGAAGUAAAGAGGACUAACACUUUCACAUCAGAAGUAGAUAAAACUGAUGAACAAAAUUGUCCAAGUACUCUUCCGCAAAAAACGAAUACUUUAGACACAUUAAAGAGUUUAAACAGCGCUAUUACUAUUAAGUCACUCAAAAAUAUUAGUGUUACAGAAACUACUAAAAUCAGCACAAUAGGUAACGAAAAGACUGAUGCAAUGUACAAAAAAGAAGCCCCCAAUGCUGAGGAUAAUCAUAUCAAAAAGUCUGAAAAUAUAAAUAAAGAACCAUCUGUUCGUAAAACAUCGCCUGCUUUACAAAGUAUAAGUAAAAACAUAACAAUCAAAUCUAAGUCACCACUUAUAAAUCACCCAAAGGAUGAUGUUCGCAGUGACGAAUAUGAUGAUUAUGAUUUUGACAAUCCCGAAGACGACACAUUAAUUGAACAUCAAAGUAACAGUGAAGGCGACAAAGUUAAGGAGCAGUCGGUGCCUAUUACGGCUCCCCACGUGUUAAAGAAUGUCAGUAAAAACAAAUUAAUAAAACCCAUGUCACCCCUACUAAAACACUCACUAGAAGAUGUUCCUAGUUACGAACACAAUGACAGUGAUUUUGAUAAUCCUGAAGAUGACACAUCAAUUGAAAAUCAACGUAACAAUAAAAACGACAAAGCUACGGAACAUUCUAUUCCUAAUAUAUCGUCUUCCCACGUAUUAAAGAAUAUUAGCAAAAACAUAACUAUUAAACCCAGGUCACCCAUAUUAAAACAACCAAAAGAAGAUGUUCCAAGUGACGAACAAUAUGACAGUGAUUUUGAUAAUCUGGAAGAUGAUACAUCAAUGGAAAAUAAAGGCGUCAAAAGUAAAGAACAGUCUGGUCACAUGACAUCGACUUCCCAAGUGCUAAAGAACAUUAGUAAAAAUAUAACAAUAAAGUCCAUGUCACCCCUAAUAAAGCACUCAAAAGAUACUGCUAAUGACGAACAUAAAGGCAGUAAUGUUGAUAAUCCCGACGAUGAUGGUUCCAUUAAAAAUAAAAACAAAAGCGAAAAAAAUACAGAAAAAUCUGCUCUCGCAAAUUUAAAGAAUAUUAAUAAAAACUUAACAAUAAAACCUAUGUCACCUAUGAUGAAACAAACAAAAGAAGACGUUCCUCAAGAUGAAAAUAAUGAUAGUGAGUUUGACAAUUUUGAAGAUGGUACACCAAAGCAAAAUCAAAAUAAUCACGGCUCUGCUUUGGAUAGACUGAAGAACAAGUCCAAUAUAAAAAUAAAAAGUGUUCAAACACCACUCAUCAAUAAGAAAACGUUUGGGAACAUAAAUGAAAAUAUAACUGACGAUGAAACCCACAAGAAGACUAACAUUCAGUCCAGUAACAAUAUUUUAAAGAAUUUGAAAAAUAUAACGGCAAAACCAGUCCUUACAAAUAAAAGCAUUAGUCAACAAGGAACAGUGAAAUCAAGUAUUACGUCUGGUGCUAUAAAGCAAGGUAAUGUUAAACAGUCAUUCCACUCAAAGGAAUUAAACCAAGAUAUUGAAAUUUACAAUAUUGAUGAUUCUGAUGAUGAAUACGAACAACAAAAGACAACUAAAAUAGAAUCCACCCAACUAAAAAAAGAACCUAUUAAAGCUAACGUUAAUUCACCUGCCGUUUUAAAUGCUAUCAAAAAUAUGAGUAAACAUAUAACAUUCAAACCUUCAAACAAUCAAGUAAUGCUGAAAGAAGUUGUCAAAAAGGAAGAAACCUUUUCAGAGCAGUUUUCCGAUGAAUAUGAAAUGCCUGAUGAUGGGGAGUUUAGUUCUCAUGAUGAUUUUGAACAGAUGUUGGAUUCAUCUCAUAAACCAACAUUUAUCAAAAAAGAUACCAUAAAUAAAAGCGAUAAUUUUAACAAUGUUCUUAAACAGUUGGGUCAACAUGUUACAGUUAAAUCAAAAAAUGCAUUCAAUCAACCAAAUAUUAAAACUGUUCAACCUUUACAAGAUAUCAACCAAGGCAAUGUUGCGCAUGCCACUGAUAGUGACGAGGAGCCGUACACUGGUAAAGUAAAAAUAACAGAAGUAACUGAAGAUGACGAUAACAUCGACCACGAAAAUGAUUCUAAUAACGAAGGGAUUGUGUCUCAGUCUCCUGAAGAUUCGAAUACUGGCGACGAGCAAUUUACAAAAGGUAUAGACGAUAUGGAUGAAUAUAGUAGUCAAAAUAUAAAAGUUAGGUUAAAUGACAAUCUUAAACCUAAUAGCCAAGGCUUGUUAAAAAAUAUUAGUAAAAAUAUAACAAUUAAGUCAAUAAGUGAAAAAAGCGCUAAUUCUAGUGAAAAUGGAUCCAUAGCUAAUCAAAGUUUGUGUAAGCCCGUUACACAAAACAGAACUGACAUUACAAAUGAUAGCGAGAAAGCUAGUACUUCGAAUAUGCAUAAUAAUAAACGAAAGGCCGGUCCUGGCACAUCAAGUCCAAGUUGUCCAACUGUGCAGCAGAAAUUUACAAAAUCUGGCGCAGUAAAUACUGUUAACAAAGAAGUUAAAGUCAAAACCUUUCAGUCUGAAACAGUGAUAGAAGAAAUUACCACAACCGUUACGAAAACCAUACGCAGAGUAAACCAAACUACAGUAAAUCAGCAGGUUUUCAAUGCCAGUAAAGUGUCCUGUGCUCCUAGAAUGGUAAAACCACAGCCGGGUCCGAGAAUGCCGAACAUCUAUUCGUCUAACAAUUUAAAAGGGCUUACAGUAAGGCAGCCUAAUCCUAGCACCGUACGGCCUAAAAUAAGGCAAACGGUUCCUGUUCGACCUCCCUCUAGUACAGUAGUGAGACCAGCCGUUUCAAAUCAGUUAGUACCUAUGCGACCCAGUGUAACGCCAAUAAGACCUAUGAAUGCUCCAAGAAUGCCUGUUAAAAAUAUGCCACGUCAAUCAAGACCCGUCGGGCGACCAUUAAAAAUUUCACCUAAUGUUGUAAAUCAGACUUUGAAAAGGCCUGGGAACGAAGAUCCACCGGGACAUUUUAGUUGUUUUAAGAAACCAAAAGAAUCUCUCAUACCCGGCAAUGAGACUGCAGACACCAGUUCCAACUUCCAUUACGCAUCCAGUUCACAAACGAGUAAAUUCUGUAGUACCAGUCAAACUGUGAAAGGUAACUCUGUCGUGACUUCUACACAAAUGAAAGCUCAGUCAGUAACUCAACAGCAACAAAUUAAUAGACUCGGUAAUAUUUCUGGGCUAAAAGUAGCCAAGACCUGUCAAGUAAGCCGGGUGGAGAAAACUGAAAUAAGCCCUUCAAAACGAACUGCACUGGAGGCUAUAGAAAAAUUGCAAAAACAAGGUCUUUUAAUAAAGAAGCCCCGAGUUGAAGAGGAUCCCGAUCCACCAAACUGUGAUGGCGAGGAGCAUGAACAGUAUGAUGACUAUGAUUAUGAUGAAUGAUUUCAUAAAUUUUUAAUUGUAUAAUAAUGUAAAUAAGUUAAAAUUGUUAGCGAUAAAACUAUUAAAAAAAGUUAUGGUUCUGAUGGUGAACAUAAGUAUGAAAAUAUCGAUUAAAAAGGAGUCGAUGAAUGCAGUGUCAUGUAUGUAUAACUAAUAAGUGUAAAUGUCUGAUGUGAAGAUUUGUAAAUAAUAAUGUUGUACCUUUAUAUUUAAGACUCCAGCGUUGAGGUGUCCACUACUAUGGUUUGUACUAUCCUAGGUGUAAUUGAUCUUUAUUUUGUAUGGAUGCAAAGUUUAAUUUCUGGUAUAAUUUAUAAAUAAUAUACUUUUACGUUACGACAGGAUUUAAUUGUCGAAUUGAUUAUAAUAAAUAAAAAUAUUGGCUUAGGUAAAAAUUACCUAUCUAGAGAUUUUCUGAAAUAAAAAAAAUUAAGCAAUGUUGAAUUGUUUUGUUACAUUAAUACAUUUAUGGAUGCUCA